AUGGUGGCUAUGGUGGAGGUGAUAUGGCUGCCUAAAAAUGAAGGGGAGAGGAAGAAGAAAGAAAGACUUUCGGCCUUAAAGUGGCGUUUUAGGAUGCGCAGGGAGUUGUUUCUUCAUAUUCAGAAUGAUAUUGAAAAGCAUAACAGAUACUUCAUCCGAAAGAGAGAUGGACGUGGUCGUCUUGGCUUCUCAUCUAUUCAAAAGAUAACUGUUGCACUUCAGAUUCUUGCUUAUAGAGCAUCCGCUGAUUACUGUGAUGAAUAUCUGAAGAUAGGGGAGGCCACUGCUACUGAAACUUUAAGAGAGUUUUGUUCAUCGAUAAUCGAAAUUUAUGAAGAACAGUACUUGCGGUCACCAAAUGCACAUGAUAUCCAUCGUCUCCUACAAGAAGGUGAAUCCCGAGGUUUUCCAGAAGAUGAACGUGGAACUGAUCUCGAACCAUGGGCACCACUUCCAGAAGAGAAUUUUCGCCCCCUUCAAUAUGAACGUGAUCCAUCGAUUUUGGCAGCCUAUAUCUCAGCACGUCUCAAUCGGAUCCGCAAUCGACGAACCAAUGAAGAUUUGAGAUCUGAUUUAAUGAACCAUUUGUGGAAUAUCUACGGAAAAGAAGAUGUCUAA